AUAAAGCUUUUGUUCUCACUGAAGCCCUGGACAACAAUUGUUUAAAGCCCUUGAGAGUUUUGGAAACGAGGGAUGUGGAAACUGUAAUAAAACUCUUUCCCCCAUUGCUUCUCUCCACUGUGUGUGACUGUGUGUAUGUGUUGGGGAAAAAUGUGCCCCAGGCUCAGAUAAGCUUUUCUCUAGUGUCCAAUCUGUGAAAAGAGGAAUGGCUUGGACGCAUAAACACGUCCUCGUCUAGCUCCCUUGUUGCCUGGAUACCUGGACGGGCUUUAAAAGAGAGAGAUCAUAAAAGAAAAGUGUUGUGUAGAUGUGUGUAUGUGUGUGGUGUGUGUUUGGAUUCACCACCAGCAAUGCUACAACUGGUGGCUGCUACUCUUGUUCUUUGAGGACUUUUUCUCUGUCUGAUUCUUAGAAAUGCACUUAGCGUUGUGAGAAUUUAAAGGAGUUUAUAUUCCCAUCUGCCCAACACUUAAACUUUUUUGAGCUUCUUCGCUAAAGAGCCUUGCGAGAAGCUUUCAUGUCCUGGACCCACUUCACACAAAGAGUGAUAGGAGUCGCACGCUUGUGUCCUCUAGGCCUUGAUUGACAGCUGAAACCAUGGCAACAGUGAGGGAGGUGGAGAUGCUUGAGAGUCGGCUGAGCAUAGAGGACUUCAUCAAGAUGCAGAGCCUGUUUCAGUCGUGUAAUGGCUCUGGUGAUCCAGUGCCCAUGCAGCGAGAGGAGUUUAUAGACCAGUUCUACUCCAUCAUUGGCCAUGGCUCACGGGAGGAAUAUGAGUGUUUAUUUGACAGUGUGGACGUGUCUAGGGAGGGCUCGGUGGACUGGCAUCACCUAGCAUCUUACCUUCUUCUGGGACUUUCAGAGAAACAAGAGCAAGCUACAAUGUCUGCAGUGCCAUGUUGGUGCCCACCUCGCCUUCUACGUGCCCCUCACAGAGGGCAAAUCCAGAGCCUGGUAGCUCUGAGCACUGGCCGCUACCUGAGUGUGAGUAAAGAGGGCAUGAUGGCUGUGUGGGCUGACAAUCUAAUGCUGCUCAAGAGCCACAAGCUCCACAAUGAUUCAGUCAAACCCAAAGACCUCUGGGUUACAGGCAUGGUGGUGCUGCCCAAUGUCCACAAGCUCGCUGUUUCCUUCACCAGUAAGGAGAUAUGCUUUUAUGAUCUGCUCUCUAAGCAAGAGUUCAGCUGUCAGUAUAAAAUUCAUAGCCUGCAUCACACUCCCAUCUGCCUCCAUUAUUGGUAUCAUCCUGAGAGACCUGGACAUGCUGUGCUUAGCUUCGGAGAUACAGCAGGACAGGUGAGUGCGAUGUGUUUUAGGUCAGCAGUAAUCUCUCUGUUCGAGAGGCCAAGUGCGGGUGUGGAGCAAAAUUCUGCCCUCAAUAUCACCUGGAGUGAGUUACAGCAGAACCGACAUCAGUGCUGUUACACCGUGACACACAGCGCACAUGCAGCUCACUGGGUCAGGAGCGUACGUUUCCUCGGCACUCUGGAAGCCUUUGUCUCCUGCAGUGGUUCUGCUCAGAACAGCAUGGUGCUGGCAUGGAGGGAAACAGCGGCCCAUCCUCUCCGAAUCACAGCUUUUCACACAAAGAAGGGAAUUAUGGAUCUGGAUUAUCAUCCAGGACUCAACCUCAUUGCUACCGCAGGUCUGAAUAACCACGUGUGUCUCUGGAACCCUUACUUGGUCUCUAAACCUGUAGGCAUCCUUAAAGGUCAUGUUACCAGCGUAGUGGCAGUUCAAUUCAUUCUAGGAAAAAAACAUCUGAUUAGCUUCUCUAAAGACAAGGUCUUAAGGGUGUGGGAUGUGUCCACUCAUCUGUGUGUCCAGCAUGUGGCAGGACUCUUCCCUAAAGCUCAGGAGUGUACAAUGCUCCUGUUCUUCCACGAGGAACGAUCACACCUCUUCCUCUCCUUUAACAGCACCCUGUUCUUCCUUGAGGGACAGAAAGAGGAUAGGAAGAGAGUGAUGAGUCACGAGAGCACCGUCACCUGCGUCCUCUACAACUCUCUUUUUAGACAGGUUAUCAGCAGUGACGCAAACUCCAGUGUAAAGAUUUGGCUCAUAGACACUGGACAGAAGGUCAAGCACUUUCCCUGUUGCCAUGGUGACUCUGAGAUCACCACCAUGGCGCUGGACGCAACUCAAACAAGACUCUUCACUGCCGGCACGGAUGGAGCAAUAAAGGUGUGGGACUUCAAUGGCCACUGUCACCACAGACUGAACGCAUGCCGAGACCUGGCAGUGGAAAUCUCGCAGAUACUGGUGCUGAAGAGGACAGUGUUGGUGUUUGGCUGGGACAGGGUGAUCUCUGUGUUCAGGAUGAACUCGUUCUCUGUACAGCCUUCAGAGUGGAAAGGCGGCGUUCAGCAUCGCAAGCACAUUUUGUGUGCAGCAUUUCACCCACCUCAGACCUUAGUCACUGGUGGUAGUGAUGGUGAGAUUAUAGUCUGGAACAACAGCACUGAAAAUGCCAUACGCAAACUGUACAAAAACACACAACAGCAAGACUGCAAGUUCAGCUCAGAUAGCACUUUACCUAGUACUCCCAGUACUAAACGACCAACAGCAAAUUCUAGUGAAAAAGACUCAGAGAAUUAUGUGACCAGACUGGCCUUUCUGGAAGGACAAAAAAGAGUUGCUGCAACAGGUGGAGCUGAUCUAGUGUCAUGUGGAGCUUCAGGCAUUGUUUGUUUCUGGAAUACAGUGAAUGCUCGAUUAGUUGGCAAAUUUGUGGCUCAUGAAGGCUCAAACUCCAUUAUAAUGACUGUAGAUGGCAGCAGUUGUUUCCUGGUCACAGCGGAUAUGAGUGGAGGGCUGAAGGUGUGGGACAUCCAGAAAUAUUGUCUCCAACCAUCUGAGAGUGUAAUCAAUCAGGCACCAGAGAUGCUAUCGAGCCUCCACCCUCAUGUUGACUGCAUCACUCACUUGGAAAUAUGCGUCCAUAGUGGCCGUCUCUUUCUCCUCAGUGCCUCGGCUGAUUGCAGUCUGGCUCUCAGCUACCUGCCUGGAGGAACUAUAGGGACAUUUGGACAGGAUGUGCACUGGAACCUGGUGGGAAUCAGUGAAGUGUUUGUGAGGAGAGAGCAGGAAGUGAGCACAGAGGUUACCACAGAGAGUGGGACAGAAACAGAUCUGCAGGAAACACAGCCUGGACAGAGCUCUCAACAUGCUGAGAGAUCAGAGAGCAAUACACACACUGAGGAGGAGAAAGAUUACACACUGCAACACAAUACCCUUGAUGAUGACACCACAGGGCAGAGAUCCAGAAGAAUCCACAGAGCUUUGAUCCAGCAGAAUGAAAGCACACAGCUUCAAAAUGUUAAUGGUGUCUGUGUUACCACUAUUGGGGUGUUCAGCAAACUCCGAGUUGAGGAACUGGCUUCACUAGGAGAGCUAAGCAAACCUGACUUCAUCAUCAAUCCUCAUUUAUAUUUUGGGAAGAUGUGGGAUUCAUCCUCUCCAACUCCUCCACCUCUUCCUGUGACUGGAGAAAAUUUAAAAGCACCAUUUGAUGAAAAGAGUUUGUUUCCUAAAGAAAUGCUGGAGCAGGUGGACAAGCCCCGGCGUUACAUGCAGAAAGUUACCAUGAUAAGGAACUAUGGCAGAGCCAUCAGGAGCAUGGGGAAAGCCAAAGACAGCACCUCUGGAGUCCACAAAGCCAAAUGAAAGUUCUCUAAGUAAAGGUUUACUACUAUGUAUUAUUAUUACUGCACAUUAAAAACUCUGAUUUACCUAGUAUGAUUUGUAGUAAGUAUUUAUGAUUGUGAUUAUGAUGUGAGUUGUGUGUGUGUCGUUUGAAGUGUGUUCUCUCAGUGUGGCAUUAAGUCUGACCUUGAGUGUGUAUCAACAUCUUAUAUAACUAAUUCUGUUUGGGUGUUUCUGGGUCUAGCUGACCAUGAGGUGAGGAUGGAGCAUCCUUUCAGAAAUAGUUGCAUAACUUGCUUACCGUCUAUAAGAACAUACUGUUACAUUACAGUAGGGAAGAAUGAGCGGAGUCUUGUUUGAGAAAUAUAGUUAAAUAAAAGCUGUAUUUGUUGCUGAUGACCGCUGAAAUACAGUGCUGUGAAAAACAUAUUUGCCCCAUCCUGAUUUUUUCUGUUUUUUUGUAUAUCUCAUACUAAAUAGUUUUAGAUCUUCAAACGAAAUACAACAUAAAACAAAAGUAAACAUAUUAUACAGCUUUUAUUUAUUGAAGCAAAAAAAAUUAUCCAACACCUAUCACCCAUGUGAAAAACUAAUUGCCCCCUUAAACUUAAAAUCUGUUUGUGCUACCUUUAGCAGCAAUAACUGCAACCAAAUGCUUCCGAAAUCAUUGUCUUGCUGCAUAAUCCAGUUGCACUUGAGGUUCAACUUACAGGCUGAAGACCGGACAUUCUCCUUUAGGAUUUUCUGGUAGAGAGGAGAAUACAUGUUUCCCUCAAUUAUUUCAAGUUGUUCAGGCCCUGAAGCAGCAAAGCAUGCCCACACCAUCACACUUCCACCACCAUGCUUGACUGUAGGUGUGAUGUUCUUUUUGUGGAAUUCUGUGUUUGGUUUACACCAGAUGUAACAGGGCUCCUGUCUUCCAAACUGUUCCAAUUUCAACUCAUCAGUCCACAGAACAUUCUCCCAAAAGAUUUGAGGAUCAUCAAGGUGUGUUUGGCCAAAAUUCAGACGAGUCUUAAUGUUUUUCUGGGUUAGCAGUGGUUUUCACCUCACCACUCUUCCAUGGAUGCCGUUUUUGCCCAGUGUCUUUCUGAUAGUAGAGUCAUGAACAGUGACCUUUAUUGAUGCAAGAGAGGCCUGUAGGUCCUUUGAUGUUGUCCUUGGCUCUUUUGUGACUUCCUGGAUGAGCAGUUGCUGUGCUCUUGCUUGCUGUGAAUUUUGGAAACUCGGCCACUUCUGGGGAGGUUCACUACUGUGCAGAGUUUUUCCAUUUGGAGAUAAUGCCUCUCACGGUGGUUCUUUGGAGUCCCAGAUACUUUGAAAUAGCUUUGUAACUCUUCCCAGACUGAUGUAUUUCAAUCUUCAUACUGAUAUUCUUCCUCAUCAUUUGUGGAAUUUCUUUCAACUUUGACAUAGUGUGUUACUGGGUAAGAUCUUUUAACCAACUUCAUGCUGUUGAAAAAGUUCUAUUUAAGUGUUGAUUUGAUUGAACAGGGUUUGCAGUAAUCAGGCCUGGUUGUGUCUAGUCCAGCUGAAACCCAUUAUGAAUGCACUUUCAUAGAUUUGAGGAAUUAGUAGCUAUGGGGCAAAUAAAUUUUCACACAAUCCUAGUUGGUAUUGGAUAACUUUUUGC